AUGGGAAGAGAGACGUACGAUUGUUUUGCAGGCUGUGCGUGUCCACGCUGCCCUGAGCAGUGGGUGGCCUACAGAGAGAGCUGCUACUCCUUCUCCAAGGAGAAGAAGGACUGGAAUUCCAGCCAGGAAUUCUGCCGGGCACAGGGAGCUCAUCUCCUGGUGAUCAGCGAUACUAGCGAAAUGGACUUCUUCCAGAUGAUGCAAAGUGAAUUGUACUGGAUUGGUUUGAAGAAUAGCACUGGUGGUGACUGGGCCUGGGAAGAUGGCUCAAAACUGAGUGGCAAAAAGGUCCCAUCGAACAGCCCUGUGCAGAACUGCGCCCUUCUGCUGGAAGGUGCCAUCCAUGCUUCCAGCUGUGAAAUCCCUGCCCUAUGGGUCUGCGAGAAAUCUCUUCAGUGA